AUGACAUAUUUAUCCUUAUUGAUAAGUAGUACGAUUGUUUUUCUCGUAUGCUAUUCAAAUGCACAACAAUGUGAGAAAAAUUCAACUUUAGCUCGAUUUGAUUGCUAUCCAGAAAAGGACCCAUCGAAAGAGAAAUGUCUGGCACGUAGCUGUUGUUGGCGGCUACCAAUUGAUAUUGAGAAGCAGACGAUCGACGGCGUUUUUGUUGAUGUGCCUUUUUGCUAUUAUCCAAGAGAUUUUCCAACCUAUGAAGUAACAUCCAAUGAGCCAACAGAUUUUGGUCAACGAAUUCGUAUACUUAAAUCACAAAGAACAUAUAUGCCAAAUGAUAUUCUUGAUUUAACAGCCGAUAUUAUCUAUGAAACUGAACAACGCCUUCGUAUUCGAAUCUAUGAUUCACUUCAACAACGAUAUGAAGUGCCACUAAAAGUACCCGUUGUAGAAAAGAAAGCUGAUACAACGGAUUAUGAAGUUUCAAUUAGUGAAAAACCAUUUUCAAUACUUGUCACAAGAAAAUCAACCGGUGCUAUAUUAUUGGAUACAAGUGUGUCACCACUUAUAUUUGCUGAUCAAUUUAUCAAAAUUUCCACACGACUAUCAACUCCGUUGUUGUAUGGUUUUGGUGAACAUCAACAACCUUUGCUAAUCAAUGUUACAAGUGAAUGGAAAAGAUUGACUUUCUACACUAGAGAUUUCCCACCGAUGCAACAUGUUAAUCUUUAUGGCGUUCAUCCAUUUCAUAUCAAUCUUGAAAAAACGCCAAGUAACCCGAAUAAUGUUCAUGGCCAGUUUUUUCUUAAUUCAAAUGCUAUGGAUAUUGAUCUUCAACCGUUACCUGCUCUCACCUAUACAACAAUUGGUGGAAUUAUAGAUUUAUAUAUUUUAACUGGGCCAACUGUACAAAAUGUAAUUGAACAAUAUUGGGAUGUGAUUGGAAAACCUAUGAUGCCACCAUUUUGGUCACUUGGAUUUCACCUGUGCCGCUGGGGAUAUAACAAGAUCGAAAAUAUCAUAGCAUCUCUUCAAAGAAUGAAAAAUGCUGAGUUUCCACUAGAUGUUCAAUGGACAGAUAUUGACACAAUGUCGUCGUAUCUUGAUUUUACGUAUGACGACGUUAAUUUUCAUGGCUUUCCACAACUUGUUCGUGCAUUACAAGCUGAAGGUAUGCAUUAUGUAAAUAUUAUCGAUCCGGGCAUUAGUUCUACUGAAACACCUGGCUCCUAUCUUCCGUACGACGAUGGAGUUAAACGAGGUAUAUUUAUGAAAAAAUUUAAUUCAACGGAAUUGAUCAAAGGAAAAGUUUGGCCUGGAAUCACUGCAUUUCCUGACUUUACAAAUCCGGACACAGUCGAAUGGUGGACGGAUAUAGCGGCAGCUUAUCAUGACAUAAUUCCAUUUGAUGGAAUGUGGAUUGAUAUGAAUGAGCCAUCGAGUUUCGUAGAUGGAUCAAUUGAUGGAUGUACUGAUAAUUCAUUGGAUAAUCCGCCAUUUGUUCCACAUGUUCACGGUGAUGCUCUAAGUGCAAAGACUUUAUGUCCAUCUGCUCAACAUAAUCUAUCCUCACAUUAUAAUCUACAUAGUAUGUAUGGUUAUUUUGAAGCACAAGCAACAAAUCAAGCAUUGAAAACCAUUCGAAAAAAACGACCCUUUGUUUUAUCUCGUUCAACAUUCGCUGGUUCUGGUCAAUUCACUGCACAUUGGACUGGUGAUAACCAAGCGACAUUUGAUGAUAUGUACUUUUCCAUUCCAGCUAUCAUUAAUUUUAAUAUGUUUGGUAUAACCCAUGUCGGUGCUGAUAUUUGUGGUUUUCUCUUGGAUACUACAGAAGAAUUAUGUACAAGAUGGAUGCAGCUAGGUGCUUUUUAUCCAUUUAUGAGAAAUCAUAAUUCUCUUGGUGAAAGAGAUCAAGAUCCAGCCUCAUUUUCAUGGGAAGCUCAACAAAUAAUGAAGCAAGCCUUACUUAUGCGCUAUUCGCUUAUUCCAUUUUGGUAUACACUCCAUCAUCAAGCAGCUAUGGAAUCAAGAACUAUUGUACAAUCGCUUUUUGCCGAAUAUUUAGAUGAUGAAAAUACUUUCAGUAUUGAUCAACAAUUUUUAGUAGGUCGUGCUAUUCUUGUUUCUCCAAAUUUGUUGCCGGAAUCCGAUGUUGUUCAUGCUUAUAUUCCGAAAGAUGUUUGGUAUGAAUUUCCGUCGGGUGUUCAACUUAAUUCAGUAGGACAAUUUGUUGAUUUGCAUGCUCCGAUAACGAAACUGAAUGUUCACGUACGUGGUGGUUUUAUUAUUCCUAUGCAAAUACCUGGUGGUAAUCUCGUCCUUGGACGUGGUAAUCCAUUUACACUAUUGGCUGCUCAAUCGGAUUCGGGUACCGCAAGUGGAAACCUCUUUUGGGAUGAUGGCGAUUCUAUUGAUUCAAUUGAAACUAAAACAUACAAUUAUAUGGAAUUUUCUUUGACGAAUUUCAAUAAAUUGACAAUUAAUACCCUUGUCUCCAAUUACAAAGAAUCUGCAAUGCGUUUGGACCUUAUCAAAAUUUUGGGAGUAAACAAAUUUGUUACGAGUGUCACUGUCAAUGGAAAAAUUUAUUCAAAUUAUCUUUACAAUAUUCCUGAUCAAAUUUUACUGAUUUAUGCUCUUGAUUUGGACAUGUUAACUCAAUCUAGUCAAACAAUUCAAUGGACAACUUCAACCUACUAG